AAGUUGGCGAUGAAUUCCCAACAGUAGAAAGCUUUAAAGAAGCAGCGCAGGAAGGUGCCAAGGCAGCAGUUGCUUAUGCUGAGAAAAUGAAUGAGGUUGAAAAGGCAUUUAAUGAGGUUAAUAAAGCAGCAAUGAAAAGUAGAGACCCAAAAUAUAUUCAAACUUAUUUUGAGGAAUGGAAAAAUGAUGCCGAAUCAGAAGGAAGUCAUAGUGCUUUAAAAAAAGCAAUCGAGGCAGCAAGUGGUUUGGAACAACUCGAAGAAAAAUAUGAAAAUCUAAAUGAUAGUGGGUCAAAGGCCACGUUUUUGCAUAAGAUCGAGGCACUAGCUAGUGAAGAAAUUGUUAUUCCAAAGGCACCGUUGCCUAAUGCACCUAAAAAGAAACAUCCAACAUCUACUAAGCGAGACCCUCUUCUCAGUGAAAUUCAAGAUAAAGCUGCUAUAAAAAAAGAAAAAACUACAAAAAAAAAAAAAAUUGUAAAAGAAAAAAUACAAAAAAAACAGAAACAAAACUUAUGA